UUACAUAAACUUGUGGUUUAAUACUCUUUAAAGUCUCCUUAGACAUUUAGUGUGCAAAAGUUUAGCAAAAAAAAGCAUAGGAUACUCUGUAGAAUGUCUGGAACCAGCGCCAUAGCUCUAAUACAGGGCGCCAGUCGCGGAAUCGGACUUCAGUUCUGCAAAACCCUGUUGCUGCGCAACUCUGCAACAACCGUAGUAGCAACGUGCCGUGACCCAAACUCAUCAAGCGAGCUGGCUCAACUGAAGGUCAACAAUGAUCGCCUCCAUGUCUGCAAGUUAGAUGUCACGAAAGAAAAUGAUAUUUCGGACGUUUCUAAAUAUGUAACAGAAAAAUUCGGUAAAUUAGAUUUGCUUAUCAACUGUGCAGGGAUGUUGCAUCCGAGUGGAAAGGGAGAGACAAGUCUUAGAAGUGUUGAUGGACAGGAUUUGCUUCUCACACUGCACACAAACGCAGUUGGUCCACUGUUGAUGGCAAAGAUGUUCAGUCCACUACUACUGAAUGGUAAUGGUCAGUUUGGUGUCUUAUCCGCUGACCCUAAGGCCACACACUGCGGCAUCAUCGCCAAUAUGUCUGCUAAAGUCGGCUCCAUCACAGAUAAUGGUCUUGGAGGUUGGUACAGCUACAGAAUGUCUAAAGCAGCCCUCAAUAUGGCCACCAAAAACCUCAGUAUAGAAUUUGGACGAGGGAGGAAAAAGAUUAUCUGUGUAUCGCUUCAUCCUGGCACAGUAAAUACAGACUUGUCCAGACCUUACCACAAAAAUGUGCCAAAUUUAUUCACCACUGAAUACUCUGUUGACUGUUUGUUAAAAGUAAUAGAUUCAUUAACUGUAGAGGACUCAGGAAAAUUCUUCACUUAUGACAGGACUGUGUUGCCUUACUAAAUUUGGCAGUACAAAUGGUUUACGAAUCUCACAUAUUUUCAUAUACUUAAAACGUGAUUAAAUUAUUCUACACGUACA